AUGUCUGACGGCGGCGAGAUCGAGGUCGAGAACGUCCAGUACGACGUUCUCCCCAAGGAUGUUGUCAAGGAGGUCGGCAACAUCAAGCUGUUCAACAAGUGGGACUACGACGUCGAGGUCCGCGACAUCUCUCUGACCGACUACGUCUCCCUCCGCAACCCCGUCUACGUCACCCACUCCGCCGGUCGCUAUGCCACCAAGCGCUUCCGCAAGGCCAACUGCCCCAUCAUUGAGCGUCUCACCAACUCUCUGAUGAUGCACGGCCGCAACAACGGCAAGAAGCUCAUGGCCGUUCGCAUUGUUGCCCACUCCUUCGAGAUCAUCCACCUGAUGACCGACCAGAACCCCAUCCAGGUCGCCGUUGACGCCAUUGUCAACUGCGGUCCCCGCGAAGACUCUACCCGUAUCGGUUCCGCCGGUACCGUCCGUCGCCAGGCCGUCGAUGUCUCCCCCCUGCGCCGCGUCAACCAGGCCAUUGCCCUGCUGACCACCGGUGCUCGUGAGGCCGCCUUCCGCAACGUCAAGUCCAUCGCCGAGUGCCUCGCCGAGGAGCUGAUCAACGCCGCCAAGGGCAGCAGCAACUCGUACGCCAUCAAGAAGAAGGACGAGCUGGAGCGUGUCGCCAAGUCCAACCGGUAA